CCCGUAGUUCAGUAGUGAAUUGCAAUUCGUGCUCGAAGUGUGCUAAAUCGUAGAAAAGUAUUCCCGGAUAACAAAAGCAGCUUCACAGCUGAGCCCGGUGAUGGCUUUAUUAAUUCCUCUCAUUUGCAUAUUGAUUACAAUUGCAACAGUUGUAUAUUUAAUCUUUAAGUUUCGCUAUCAGUAUUGGGCGAAACGUGGUGUACCAUAUGUCGACCCAAUUAUUCCAUUCGGAUUACGAGUCAAGGAGAAUGGGAAACGAAGGCAUUUCAUAUAUAUUUUGGAGGAAAUGUACUCAAAAUUUAAGAAAACAACGCCGUUUGCGGGAGCUUUUUUCUUCUUGAGACCCAUUUCUGUGAUAAUUGAUCUUGAUCUUGUGCACCACAUAUUGGUCAAAGAUUUCAACAAUUUUUCUGAUCGCGGCAGUUUCUAUAAUGAACGUGAUGAUCCGCUAUCGGCGCAUUUAUUUAGCAUGAGAGGCCAAAGUUGGAGAAAUCUUCGAGCGAAAUUAACACCAACUUUCACUUCGGGCAAAAUGAAAUUCAUGUACCCCACGAUAUUAAAAGUGGCCGCAGAAUUUGACAAAACAUUAAGUGAAAUGUUGGAAGUGGAUAAUGUUGUAGAAAUCAAGGACAUCUUGGCCAGAUUUACAACCGAUAUUAUCGGUACAUGCGCGUUCGGUAUCGAGUGCAAUACCCUCAAAAAUCCUGAGGCUGAAUUUAGGAAGGUAUCUCGUCUGAUUCUUGGGAAACCUAGAAAUGGUGUCAUAGUAAGAGCCUUCUUAACUCAAUUUCCGAGCCUUGCUGUUAAGUUCGGGGUGAAGCAACUCCCUGAUGAAGUGAGCAGUUUUUUCAUGAAAAUUGUCACCGAAACAGUAGAGCUUCGUGAAAAGUACGGCAUCCGUCGAAAUGAUUUCAUGGAUCUUCUUAUUCAGAUGAAGAAUAAGAACGAUUCAGACACAGGGAGACUUACGAUAGAACAAAUUGCUGCGCAAUCAUUCCUGUUUUUCCUAGCUGGAUUUGAGACAUCAUCCACAACAAUGAUGUUUUGUUUAUACGAAUUAGCAAUGAAUCCUGAAAUCCAAGAUAAGGCAAAACAGGAAAUCGAAGACGUUUUGAAAAAGCAUAAUGGAGAGUUUUCGUAUGAGGCUAUGAUGGAUAUGCAGUAUCUUGAUUGUAUCAUUUACGAAACUUUACGGAAAUAUCCUCCCGUCAUUUCACUGAUACGAAUGGCAAACAAGGACUAUAUUGUACCCGAUUCUGGUAAACUAAUCUCGAAAGGAAUGAGGGCUUUCAUUCCCAUCUACUCCAUUCAUCAUGAUCCUGAUAUUUAUUCGAAUCCUGAAAUAUUCGAUCCGAAUCGCUUCACCCCUGAGGAAAGACGGAAACGCCAUCCAAUGUCAUUCUUAGGUUUUGGCGAUGGGCCCAGAAAUUGCAUCGGACUUAGAUUUGGUCAAAUGCAAACUCGCAUUGGUUUGGUAACGUUGCUCAGAAAAUACCGAUUCAAAGUUUGCGUUAAAACUCUAAAUCCAAUGAAAUUUUGUGUUGCUAAUCCAGUUCUUUCACCCGAAAAUGGAUUGUGGCUGCAAAUUGAAAGCGUUUAGAUAUAAGGCAAUGCCUAUAUAGGUCGGCCUAUUGUGCUUUUAGAAAUCCAGAAGGUUUAGAAGUUUGA